AUGUGUGUAGCUACCCCUUCUGGGGAGAUAUUGUGUGCUAGUCAAGUUUUGAAGUCUUGCAUUGUUAGUAUUGACGGUAGAGAUCUAGUUGCGAAUUUGAUAAUCUUGGAUAUGCAAGACUUUGAUGUAAUUUUAGGCAUGGACUGGCUGGCAACUUAUCAUGCUAGUGUGAAAUGUUUUGAGAAGGAGGUUGUGUUUCAAUCUGAAGUCGAAGAUGAGUUUAAAUUUGUAGGUGUUAAACUAUAUCCUUUCCCUCAAGUAAUUUCAGCUUUGCAAGCACGAAGAUGUUUGAGGAAAGGUUGUGGAGGUUUUUUGGCUAGUGUUGUGGAUACUUCAAAGGAAAACUUGACAAUAUCUGAUGUACAAAUCGUCAAUGAGUUUGAUGAUGUUUUUCUAGAUGAAAUGCUUGGAAUUCCACCUGAACGAGAGGUAGAGUUUAAGAGUGAUCUAGCACCAGAUACAAGACCAAUAUCUAAAGCACCUUAUCAAAUGGCACCUUCAGAGCUUAAGGAGUUAAAGGAGCAAUUGCAGGAUUUAUUGGACAAAUGGUUCAUUAGACCAAGUGUUUCGCCUUGGGGAGCUCCAGUGUUAUUCAUUAAGAAGAAAUAUGGGACUAUGAGGUUAUUCAUUGAUUAUCGGGAGCUCAACAAGGAAGACAUUCCAAAGUCAGCCUUUAGAAUAAGAUAUGGUCACUCAUCCAAAGAAGGAAUUUUUGUUGAUCUUAGUAAAGUAGAAGUAGUGAUGAAUUGGCCUCGACCGACUUCAGUAGGUGAAGUAAGGAGUUUUCUAGGAUUGGCUGGUGACUAUCGUCAUUUGGUGCAAGAUUUUUCUAAGAUCGCUUCACCGUUGACUCAAUUAACAAUGAAGAAUGUUAAGUAUCAGUGGACGGAUGAAUGUGAAAAGAGUUUCGAAAAGCUCAAACAAUAUUUGGUCACUGCUCCAGUUUUGACCAUUCCAACAGGUUCUGGUGGAUUUGUGAUAUAUAGUGAUGCUUCUUAUAAGGGUCUAGGACAUGUGUUGAUGCAGAAUGGGAAAGUCAUUGCUUAUGCUUCAAGACAAUUGAAGGAUUAUGAGAAAAAUUAUCCUACCCAUGAUUUGGAAUUAACAGUGAAGAAGUUGAAUAUGAGACAAAGGCAUUGGUUGGAGUUGAUGAAGGACUACGAUUGUGUGAUUAAUUAUCACCCUGGUAAGGCUAAUGUGGUGGCUAAUGCUUUGAGUAGGAAGUCUAUUGGUUUUACCGCAGUUUUGUUAACUACACAAAAGCAGAUUUUAAAGGAUAUGGAGGAUUUAGAAAUUGUGGUUGUGAAGAAUGGAGAUCAUGCAUUUGUAACUGCUUUAUCUGUUAAGGCUGAGCAUCAAAGACCAUCUGGUUUGCUAAAACCUUUAAUGGUACCUGAAUGGAAGUGGGAGAAAAUUUCAAUGGAUUUUGUUGUUGGGUCGCCGAAGACACUGAAGGGUUGUAAUGCUCUAUGGGUCAUUGUGGAUUGUUUGACCACAUUUGCGCAUUUUCUGCCUAUACGUACCAUGUUCACUAUGGAUCACUAUGCUCAGUUGUAUGUUAAUGAGAUCAUGAGGUUGCAUGGAGUCCCUUUAUCGAUUAUUUCUUAUUGUGAUCCGAGGUUUACUUCAAAUUUCUGGAAUAGUUUACAUAAAGCUAUGGGUACGAAGUUUAAUUUUAGUACUGCAUUUCACCCUCAGACAGAUGGACAGUUAGAGAGGACCAUACGAACCUUGGAAGACAUGCUUCAUAGUUGUGAUUUAGCUUAUAGGCUUGCUUUACCAUUGGCAUUAUCUGGAGUGCAUAAUGUUUUCCAUGUAUCCAUGCUCCACAAAUACGUUCAUGAUCCUUCACUUGUGGUUAGUUUUGAGCAUCUUCAACUCAAUAGAGAUCUUACAUAUGAAGAGUUACCACUCCGAAUCGUAGACCAAAAGGAAAAAGAACAACGCACUAAGAAGACUUCUUUGGUAAAAGUUCUAUGGAGAAAUCAUACAGUAGAAGAAGCCACUUGGGAACGUGAAGACGAGAUUCACGAGAAGUAUCCCCAUUUAUUUGAUAUUUAA